CCAAUGCUGUGGUUCAAAAUUUGCAUUCCUCUAUAUAAAACCACAGUGACUGCUUAACACACAGAAUCAGAUGUGGCAUUGAGGAGAAGCAAAAUGAAAAACAUUUCCAUUCUGUUUCUGCUGGUCUCCGGAUGUUUUGCUCUGCAAGGUAAAAAUAUCCUUACUUUUCCUAAGCAAACAGCUACUGACCAUGUGAUUUUGAGGCCGACAGUCAACCAACCUUUAAACCAACUUACCGUAUGUCUACGCUCCUAUACUGACCUCACUCGAGAACAUUCUCUUUUUUCCAUUGCCGCUCCUGGUUCAAAAAAGGACAAUACUUUUCUUAUUUUUCCAAAACCUCCAAACUCAUGCUCUGUUCACAUAAAUCAAGAAGCAAUUAAUUUUAAGGUGGAUCCAGAGGUUCUAGAUUGGAAACACACUUGUGUCGCUUGGAAUUUCGAAACAGGACUGGUUGAACUUUGGAUCAAUGGCAAGCGUUAUCCUAGAAAAGGCACGAAUAAAGGAUCUCCCAUAGGACCCGAGAUAAGUGUCAUCCUCGGGCAGGAACAGGACUCUUAUGGAGGUGGUUUUCAGGCAGGUCAAUCAUUUGUAGGUGAAAUGCGUGAUGUCCAUAUGUGGGAUUAUGUUCUGCCCGCCAAAAUUGUGAAAGAUUUUUGUAGCGAUUAUUAUACUGUGCAUGGAAAUAUUUUCAAUUGGACAAAUGGAACUCAUGUGAUCAACGGGGGCGCCGUCGUCUUGGAAGAUUAGUUCACUUCUUCAUGAUGAACCAUAGAUAAUGUCAUCCUCUGCUAAUAACUAUUGUGUAUCUGAAAUAUUUGUCUUUAUUGCCAGGUGUAGGUGAUGGCCCCCCUACUAGUAUAGUGCUAAUAUAUAUAUACUCCAUCUGUGAUUGCUUUAUAUGAGUUCCCAAAUUAAUAAAUAUCUUACCAAUGA